AUCAUCAUCCGACGCAUCAUUUUGUUUCAAGAAAAAAAUUACCCCUAAAUUCUACAACAAAUUCCAUUCAUUCACCAAGACGAUUACUAUCUGAAGUGAAUAAAGAUAGUGGCCACACUAGCAAAAAUAAUAAUACCGGUGGAAUUAAAGUUUUACCAAAUAUUUCCUAUCUUGAAAUAGGUCAUAAUGGUGGUAUUGAACAUUUCGAACAAAAAAGUGAUCAACAACAACAACAAUUGCAAUCAAUGGAUGAAAAGGUCUCAGCAAGAUCAUCAAGUACAAACGAUUGUGAUUCGAUCCGGAAACAAAGUAAAAAAUUUAGCCUAGAUAGUCGAUCCAAAGUGACACUUUUAUCAUCAUCAGGAUCAAACAAAACUGCCAAUCUGACAUCGAUGAAUCAAUCAAUAUCGUCAGCAAAAAAUAGUGAUGAACGUUGCUCGUUGAACAACAACACUGCUAAAAAUAUCUGUGACCAAAAUGUCCAAGUUCCAAUUAUUAAACAGCAAAGUAAUCGAAAAACAUUGGCCGCUGUCGAUGAGAAUGCCAACGAUUUGAUAUCGAAAGAACAAACGAAAUGCCAACAGGAAAGCAAAUUGGCCAAUAGUAAUAAUAAUCAACAGCCAAUCAUCGUAUUGGAUGAUGAUGAUAAUGAUAAUGAUCAUAAUCAUAGUGAUAUUUUGUUACAUGAUCCUUCGGAUAAUGGUAAACUAUCAUCACCAUCAUCUGAAAGUGCAAAAACAUCUAAAAUGAUGGCAGUGGUCGAUGAUUCAAAAGAUAAACAGCAGUCAUCAUCUAAUGAUGAAGAAUGUAUUGAAUCAAAAUCCUCGAAUCAUCAUCAUCAAACAAGUGAUAAUAAAUCGAUUAUAGCAAACGGUCGUAUCAACAAUAUGGCAACAAAAUUAUUAUCAGAAAAUCAUCAUAGUCAUAAUAUAGUCGAUUCAGCAUCCGAUACACAUGGUGAAUCGGAUAAGACUGAAUCCGAGUCGGAUGAAUCAACAUCGAUGACUAAUCAACGUUGUGAUUGGGAACAGCAGCAACAACAAUCAAAUAUAAAUCAAACAGCUAAAAGCGAUAAUGUUUCCACACCAUCUCGUUCACCUAAACAUUUGUUGCCGAAAAAAGAAGCGCUAACAUUAACAUGUUCGAAUGUAACAUCUACAUCGGUUCGAUUAAAAUGGCAUUUCAGCAAUCCGAAUGAACAGCAAUAUCAACAAGGUGGUACUGAACAGCAAACUAAACGCAAUUAUAUAGUCGAUAUGUUAUUGACAAAUAAUCAUAAUCAAUCAUCAACAAAUGAUGAUGCUACAAAUACAAUGUCCCCUACCACCACUAGCACAAAAAUGGUACAUCAAGGUCCAAAUACAAGCUAUAAAGUUACCCAUCUACAAUCACAACAGGAGUAUACAUUCCGUGUAAGAACAUCAACUGAAACCUGUUGGUUAGUAUCAAAUUGUUUAACCAUUGUAACACCGGAAUCGACACCAUCAUUUAAUAAUCGCCAUCGGAAUCGAAAUAAUAGUAAACAAUUACAUCAUCACCAUAAUCAUUCAUCAACAAUGACAUGCGCAUCACCAUCAUCACAGCAGCAACAACAACAACUUGUUUAUCAUCAAAAUCAGUUGAUCAAUACGCAUCAUGAUCAAAAACAUCAUACAAAUAAAUCACAAUUGAUUGCAUCGGCAUCCGAUUUGUUACUGAAUCCAACCAAUGUCAUAUUAUCAGCCGAUCAAGGAUAUGCCAUUAUAUUAGUUGUUGUAUUUACAAUCAUUUCAUUGAUUGUUGCCGUAUUGAUCAAUCAUUUAUUGGCCAAUCAUUGGUAAAAUUCAUUCGGUUCAUUUUUUUUAUUCAUUGACUGACGUAAUUGCCACUCAAUCAACUAAUUCACAACUUAUUCAAAAUAUAAAUACACACACACAAACACACAAUACAAAGUAUGGUGACUGAAAAUUUUGUUAAUUUGACUUGAAUUUUUGCAACGUAAUGUUCAAUACAAUCAUUCAAUCUAUAUAGCAUAUCUAUACCUGAAACAAAAUAUCUGUCAAUUUGGAAAAAAAUCAUCAAGCUACAAAUUUUUUUUAUAUUAAUCUGAUUCGAUUUGUUGUUGUUGUUGUAGUUGUAAUUCGCACUGAAUAUGACGGAUAACACACAAUCCAAAUCAAUUAUUCAAUCGAUUCAAAUCUUCAAUUUGAUUUUUUUUUCAUCUGAUUUGCACACAUUUGUGUUAUAGAAACAAUUGUUAAUUGAAUUCAACGCACACAAUCAACAAUGUGGCUGAAACACAACAAAUAUGAUGUCUCAAUGUUGAUCCGAGGUAGAUUUUAAAAUAUAUCAAUUCAAGUCAACCACCAUGAUCAUAUAUUUUUUUCUCUUUUUUCAAUAUUUAAAAAAAAAAUUUUAAUGACCAUUAUAAUUUCUGGUGAUUAUCCAAUGAAGAAUCCUGUGAAUAAUCUGUGAA